GUACGGAUUGGUUGAAGUGGGCGGUUCCGCAGGUGUCUUACGCUCAUAGAGGGCAGGGUAGAGAGAAGCUACAGACUUCUUCCAUUGGUGGAUAUUUUGUACACGGUCACGCCUCUUCAACAGACUGCAAAACGAGUAAAAGAGGAAAAAGGAAAAGAAAACUCCUAAAAAAAGUGACUUAUUUUUCAUUGAUCUGCAACAUCGAGGAAAAUCAAACUUCUGUCAAGAUCUGGGGGGACAAGUGACCGCUUCUAGCAUGAUGUCAUACCUCAAACAGCCCCCGUACGGCAUGAACGGGCUGGGGCUGGGCGGCGCGGCUAUGGACUUGCUUCAUCCUUCAGUGGGAUAUCCAGCAAACCCAAGAAAACAACGGCGUGAAAGAACUACCUUCACUCGCACACAGUUGGACGUUCUGGAGUCUCUCUUUGCUAAGACGCGCUAUCCGGACAUAUUCAUGCGAGAAGAAGUGGCGCUGAAAAUUAAUUUACCUGAGUCCAGAGUCCAGGUGUGGUUUAAGAACCGGAGGGCCAAGUGUAGGCAGCAGCAGCAGAGUGGCAGUAACACCAAGGUUCGGCCGCCCAAGAAGAAGUCUUCACCCACAAGGGAGAGCACAGGGUCUGAGAGCAGUGGCCAGUUCACCCCUCCAGCAGUGUCCAGCGCCGGCUCCUCAUCCUCCUCCAGCUCGAUCUCGUCCAACAACAACAACAACAACACCGGCAUCAGCAGCACUUCUACCUCCAUCAGCACCCCGGUGUCCUCUAUCUGGAGCCCCGCCUCCAUCUCCCCCAGCUCCGCCCCUCUGUCCGUCUCGGUCCCUGACCCCACCCCGCCCCCCAGCACCUCCUGCAUGCAGCGGUCAGUCUCGGGGGCGGCCGGGUCGGCCUACGGCAUGUCUUACAACCAGACCACAGGCUACAGCCAGGGCUAUCCGUCCACGUCCAGCUCCUACUUCGGCGGGGUGGACUGCGGCUCCUAUCUUGCCCCCAUGCACUCUCACCACCACCCCCACCAGCUGAGCCCCAUGGCACCCUCCUCCAUGUCGGGGCACCCACACCACCACAUCAGCCAGUCCUCGGGGCACCACCACCAUCACCACCACCACCAGGCGUACAGUGGGGCGGGCCUGGCCUUCAACUCAUCAGACUGCCUGGAUUACAAAGAUCAAACCGCCUCCUCUUGGAAACUCAAUUUCAAUGCCACGGACUGUUUGGACUACAAGGACCAGGCCUCCUGGAGGUUCCAAGUGUUGUGA